AUGAGCCGGAUAUUGACGCAAAGACAAGCCGAGGAGCUGCACAAGUCCAUGAUAGCAUACCUUGCGUCAAUAGAUCUAUCUAGGAGUGCCGAGACGUUACGAGAAGAGCUCAAUAUUGGCGACAGCUUCGAUUCUGAAACUAGCAAAAAGUACGAGGGGCUAUUAGAGAAGAAAUGGACAAGCGUUGGACGGCUACAGAAGAAAAUAAUGGAACUGGAGUCAAAAGUUGCAAGUUUACAAGAGGAGCUUGAUCGGGUCACACCAGCCUCCCUUUCAAAACCGAAUCAAGAUCCUACGACCUGGCUUCCUCGAUCACCCCCAAGACAUACGCUCCAAUCACAUAGAGAUGCUAUUACAUGCGUUGCAUUCCAUCCAGUCUUCUCAACGCUCGCCUCAGGUUCGGAGGAUUGUACAAUUAAGAUUUGGGAUUGGGAACUAGGAGAACUGGAGAGGACUCUAAAGGGCCACAUGAGGGCUGUUUUGGAUCUUGAUUUUGGCGGGCAGAAAGGGCGCACUCUGCUAGCAUCUUGUUCGAGUGAUCUCACAGUCAAGAUAUGGGAUCCCAGCAAUGACUAUGCGAACAUUCGAACACUUACUGGACACGAUCAUUCAGUUUCUGCUGUACGUUUCUUAUCGCCCUCGGGAAAUCUUCUUGUGUCAGCAAGUCGGGAUACAUCUCUCCGAAUAUGGGAUGCAUCGACAGGAUUUUGCGUGAAAACAAUUCGUGGACAUAGCGAUUGGGUCCGGACCGUUUCUCCUUCUUUCGAUGGGAAAUGGCUGGUGUCAGGUGGUCGCGAUCGAGCAGCAACAAUAUGGGAUGCUUCAACAGGAGAAGCAAAAGUGAGCUUGCCAGGCCAUGAUAACUUCAUUGAAUGCUGUGCAUUCGCGCCACCAGCAAGUUAUGGGUAUCUAGCAACUUUGGCUGGACUAAAGAAACCACCUCCGGCAAGCAGUUCAGCCGAAUUUGUCGCGACUGGAGCAAGAGACAAAACCAUAAAGUUAUGGGAUGCUCGAGGAACAUUGAUCAAGACCCUCGUAGGCCAUAACAACUGGAGACAACUAAUGGAGCCCCGAAGGAUGCUGGCAAGUCUGGGAUUCGAUGUGUCAUCGCAACAGGAAGCGCGGAUUUAUGCGUCCGAGUCUUUACAUGAUAAUCACAAGGGCUGCGUAAAUGCUAAGGGGUUGAGCGAAAUCGAGGUGUAUGCUGAAAUCCCAGAUGCCAUUGUCCCUGAGCAAAAUGCCACUUUCAAUCAUCCAGCCGACACGCAUUUAUUCAUGGCCACGGCACGCUCCCAACCCGUCAGCACUUGA